AGUUAGUUGAUAAAUGCAUAGGAUCACGAAUUCAUAUUAUCAUGAAAAAUGACAAAGAAAUUGUAGGAACUCUUUUAGGAUUCGAUGAUUUUGUGAACAUGCUUUUAGAAGACGUAACCGAAUAUGAAUCUACUCCUGAGGGUCGCCGCAUAACCAAACUUGAUCAGAUACUUUUAAAUGAAAAUUCUGGAAAUAUUCAUUUACCAAUGUCAUACAAAAUAAUAGAAGCUCCAGUUAUUUCUAUUCAGUGUGAUUGGAAUGAAACACUGAGGAGUGCCAAAGGAGAAGCUUGGGUUUCAUGCAAAUAUCGUGGACAAAACAGUGCCCAUGGAAAAAUUACAAGCCAGGGACUGUCACAAGGAAUUCCUUCAUUGACAGUGACUGAUAAUUUUGUGGUGGAUAGUAUUUCCAAAAGCACCAUACAAAUAAAAUACCUUUCAUCAAAUACUUUGUAUGUCUUCAUAGCACCAGACAGAUCUUAUAAUUCAGCACACAACAAAAGUGUAAUAUCUUGUGAUGUUACACCAAAUGGUUUAUGCGUGUCUGCUUGUACUGACAAUAAACUUCAAGUAUGGGAUACAAAAACAGGAGUGAUCAGGCGCACUUUGGAAGGCCAUGUGGGAAAUGUUUACAAAUGUCGCUUCUUCCCUUCGGGCAUUGUGGCAUUGUCUGGUGGAGCAGAUAUGCAAUUGAAAAUUUGGUCUGCUGAGACUGGCCAGUGUCCUGUCACUCUCAGUGGACACACUGCAGCCAUCACUGAUUUUUGCAUUGUUGAAAGGGGUCGUAAUAUAAUCUCUGUUUCAAAAGAUGGAUUUGCAAAAUUAUGGGAUUGUGGAAUGUCCGCAUGCCUUGCUGAUUUGGUAAACCACAAGUCUGCCAUUAAUUGUUGUUGUUUAACUGUGACUAGCGGUAAUAUAAAGAUUGAAGAUCCUGAAAUUGCUUCAAGUGAUCGAGAGAUUGGCACCAAAGAUAAAUUGCUGAUUGUUGGAUGCGAAGAUGGAGGAGUAUUUGUUGUUGCUGUCUGGAAUCGUAAAGAAAUACAAAGCCAGAGUUUAGAAUCUGCAGUUAAUUGUAUCACUUCAUUAGGAGAUCAAUACCUUGUAGGUUGUCAAAAUGGACAAAUACUAAUGUUCAAGAUAGGAGAGGGUGUAAAUGAGCCUGCCUUAUGUUGGUUUGAGUCAAACAGUGCUAUCUUGAGUGUAUUAAGUUACAAUGAAAUAGGAUUCUUUGCCGGUAGAGCUGACGGAUCUUGUACGUAUUUUGAUGUAUCAAGUGAUGGUGAACACCGAAUUCAGCUGACAGGACCAGAUUGUGAUCCAAUUUAUGAUAUUGCCUUUGAUGGAACUUUUAUUUACACUGCCUGCAGAGAUGCUGUUGUGCGAAUGUAUGAUGUUGCUAAAGUGAUAGAAUCCAUUUUUAUGUGUUAAUAUUUUGUAUUGAAUUGAUAAAUAAAUUACAUUGCAAAUAAAUGUUAAAA